AGUAGGUGCGUUCUAAAAGUCAUAUACGUUCGUACAACAAAGUAAACAUUAAAAAUUAUAUAAUUGUCCCGAAUAAACAGCUGUCAUGGAUGCAAAGAGCUAUUGGAGAAACAAUUAUUUUAAUAAAAAUAUAAAUCUUUGUAACAUCUAGUUCAAAUAUUUAUAGUUUUUCACUUGCUUUCCAUCACGAAAUAAUUUUCGAGACGUUUUUUCAAACACAACCAAAUCACCCACCAUGACAGCAUUUUGUCCAAUCACAGAAAGGAUUUUCGAGCAUGCGUAUUCUGUUGCCAUAGUUAAGCGUCCUUAAGUUCAAAGGGCACAGACCGAAACUAUACCGACUACGUCGGAAAAAUAACAGCAACAAAUGGAUGCAAAAUUUCAGUACGUACAGUGGCAAAUAAAUCAAUAAAAGACACAUCAAUCGUGAAAUCUGAAAAUUAAGCCAGGCGAUCGUGAGCAUGGUGAUGUACAGGACAGAUAAUUUGAAUUGCCGUUCGCUCACAAAAAUUAGUCCAUCGCAACUUGUUAUCCUUUUUAGGAAAGUAGAUUCUGCUGUAUUGAAGGAUGGAAUGACAGAAGAAACUUUCAAAGUUUUAGCAAACGGAACAGUAGGAUUUAUACUGACAGGAGAACUCAAGACCAGAUGUGACGUGGAUCCUGAAAAGUUUCCUGUAGACUGUCAUGAGUGUGAGGUCAUAAUGGCUGUGUCACUAUUCAACAAUCACCAAGUCUUGAAAUGGGAUGGUGAAAGGUCAUUCAUACAUUUCGAUGUCGUAAAAGAUGCGCAUGCACUGUGGUCCAUGGAAAGAGUGUAUGUGAUACAAGCUCACCGAACGUUGAUAAUGAAAUUAGUUCUUAAGCGGCUUCCAGAAUAUUAUUUAUAUAAUAUUGUAUUUCCUGCGUCUUCCCUGUCUUUACUUUCAAUGUUUACGUUUUUUAUACCAAUCAAUGGCGGAGAGCGUGUAAGUUUUGGGAUGACGAUAUAUCUGACAUUUAUGGUUUUAAUGCUUCAAGUGAGUAGUCUGCUACCUGUUAAUUCACAGAACAUAUCAACGAUAGGCAAAUACUUCUUACAACUAAUCAGCAGUAGUCUUGUAGCAAUAUUCAAUUCUGUUGUUAUGAGUUAUUUUGGCAACGCGUCAAUGAUGCCUAGGAAUGGAAGAAUCCAGCCACAUUUAUUACCUCUGGAUACCGUUCCGAACGGAGAUCUCAAGGACGCAGUUUGUUUUGAAACAAGAAAAAAUGACAUGAACAAUGAAGCAGACGGCAAAUGUCAAAACCCUCAGGAAAACAAAAAUAUCAACAAAAUGGCGUCAUAUAAUGGCAGACGUCGUUUCUGCAAUCUGUUACGUGUCUUCGAUUGGAUUACUUUAGCUGUAUGUUUUCUUGUGAGUGCUGAAGCACAUAUAGAACUAUAUUUGGUUAUCAAUCAAGAUACAUGUCCAAGUGUUCAGGAGCAGUCAUAA